AUGGCGCGCAAAGUCAGCAUCGGUCGGCAACUCCUCAUCAAUCCGUUUCUGCUGGCUGGCACACUGACGUGGAUCUAGGCGACGUACCACCGCCAACCUUCGAUCUCGACACAUGGGCCAACAACUACGAGGGUACCUUUUCCCGCUGCGAUGCGCAAGGACGAAUGACUUGACUGAUUGUUCGGCUAGGCACGCUGCUACUCUUUCGCCUCGCCCACGUCGCCAUCCGAUGUCCGCAACUCUCCCGCCCCGCGCUCGCCAUGGCAAUCGAUUUCACGAAGAAGGGCAAGGACGUGCAGACGUACAACCGACUCACCGAACUCGCCGCGGGCCUCGAAUUACAAGAUCUGGCUAAUGUGGACAUUGACUGGGCGUCGCGGAAGGAUGAGGAGAACCGACGGGAGUUGAGCAAGCUGGAAGGAGAGUUGAGAGGGUAUAAGAACAAUCUGAUUCGCGAGAGCAUCCGCAUGGGCCAGGAAGACCUCGCGAUGCACCAUCUCCUCACCGGCGGUCCAAUUCCCGAUCCUUCAAAUCCACAGAGUGUGAGCAAUUCGGGCUACAACGCGGCGUGGCAGGCUUUCGGCAAGAUGCGGGAUUACUGCACGACGCCCACUCAUAUCAACAGUAUGAAUCUGCGCCAGCUGUACGCCGCGCUGGUCCAGGCAGCAGCAGCUCAGCAAGCGGGCAGCUCUCCUGGUGUCGGCUUUUCGAGCGUCCUCAAUCACGCGGGUCGAAUCUUUCGCAGUGGCGUCAAAGAUGAGGAGCAGAGCAGAUUGACGCCCAUCUCGCACGUAGCCACAGGCAUCGCACAUCUCGGAAUGGCCGACUACCGUUCCGCAGCGGACGCGCUCCUCAAGACGCCCUUCGACUACCACAACAUGGGAAAGGUACACGAAAUCGACUUCGAGAAGCAGGUGGCCUCCGCCAACGACGUGGCCAUCUACGGCGGCUUGUGUGCUCUGGCUACGAUGACGCGGGAAGAGCUGGUGAGUGUGGUCCUCGGCGGUCCGUUUCGUGCAUUCUUGGAGCAAGAACCCCAUCUGCGGAAGGCGAUCAGUGAAUAUACCACCGCAAAGUAUCAGUCUUGCAUCGAUACCCUGCGCCGCUACCACAGUGACUGGAGCCUGGAUCUUUUCCUCGGCGCCACGAACCCAUCCAUCAUCGGCACGCACGUCGACCGCCUGUUUGCGCAGAUUCGCGAGCGCAGCAUCACGGCCUACUUCUCGUCCUUCUCCGAAGUCAGCCUCCAAUCGCUCGCGUCGACCUUCCCUCCAGCGUCUAGCGCACCGGACGCCAUGGAGGUGGAGGUCCUUGACAUGAUCGAGAGCGGCUCGCUCAACGCACGACUGGACGUUGUGAACGGUGUGCUCAUCGCGCCAACGCAGGAUCCGAGGCAGGCUACACACCAAGCCGCGAAGAAGACGGCCGAGGAGGUGGAGCGAACGCUACAGUUGCGGCUGCACAAGGUCAAUAUGAGUCUGGCCGGCUUGGAAAUACCCAAGCUCAAGGGCGGAUGGGACGUUGGGAGGGUUGGCAACGGCUACUGA